GCAAGAUGGUCCUGGACGAAAACAGAUCAUCCAGCGUCUUGACUGAAUUUCCUCGCUUCAGAGAUGUCAGAGGCUUGAUUGAUCAAGACUUCAUUCUGGAAUUUGGAGAAGAUGUAGCUACCAGGUUUUUGGAGAGGUGGCCGACUGUUUUCAAGCAUAAAGUGAUCCAGCAGAGCAAGACUCUCCCUACCUCAACCGACCUUGAAGAAGUGAUCUACUGUGCUGAAGGAGCUUCAAGUGAGGAGGAACUGGAUGAGACCCUUACCUCUGGCUGGGACAGUGAUCUUGCUUCCAUCAUUCUCCUGUUCCACCUGAUUCCUCCUUCCUGUCAGGGUUACAAAAGACGUGGGAAGGUUUCUCCAUCCCAGGAUGAGGAGCACCAUGUGGUCUUCCAGAAGAGUGGAACAAGUGUCCAGGAACAUGCUGAUGCCAUGAACUCCACUACGCAGCCCUACCCACUUGCUGUUGGGACAAAGAGGAGCACCAUUCAUGAGUUCUUCAUUGUUCUGGACAAGCAGGUCGUACCAUGCAAGUCAACCAGCUCCCUUGGAGCUUUUGAUGAAAUUUUUCACUUCGUAUUUGGAACUGUUUAUAAUCAAAUGCUCCACAACAUGUACGUCUUGGAACUUGGAGAGUUAAAGGAAGGUGAGUCUCUGCCCAAUCACAGCAUCUCUGACACAGUGUGA